GGCAAUUGUAUCUCCAAGCAAGAAAUUCUGUUAUAUUAAACAGACCACCAUCUUCUAAACUUUCUGCGCUACUCAGAGCUUUAAAAUCCUCCAAAACACCCCAUUUUUGUGCUGUCAUCUGCAUAAGCUUAUUUAUUACACAGUUGUUCAAACUUCUUAAGCAACCUGUCCUUACCAUGGACACUGAGAAGAACAGCACCAAACUCAGCAAUGCUGCGGUUUCUUCAUACUUCAGCACAGCAGAAGAGGGCUCUAUACUUAAGGUUGCCAAGUUAGUUCAGCAUCUUCCUCCUGGCGUCGCUUCAACCCGAACCACUCCCUCUUCGACAUGCCUAGACAGAGGCAAAACUACAGAGGGUGAAAUCAGUGUCUUUCGUGCUGAAAGAUACUUCAGCAUGGGGCUGGAUGACGACAGUUCUAAAAGUAUUGACACGCAUGGGCUCAAGAAAGAUUCCCGAUUUGAUCUGAACUAUAGAGAACCAAAGAGCAGGCCAGGAACUCCUAGCAUAAUUUCUGAAGCAAGUUGGAAUAGCCAAGCCGCUUUUUUACCAAAUUUACACAGGCAACCAUCCCAAAAUACUGAAAAGAAGGUAAAUGGAAAGAUACAUUUCUCUGGUUUUGUCUGCAGCAGAUCUUGUUCAGAUAAGAAAUCGCUUAAUACCCGUAAGCAUGAAGGAACUCAUGGAAAAGAGGUCAGGAAAAAGGCAAUUCAAGUUGAUCACAACCAGUUCCAACCCCGAUCUCAGGUAAUGGAUGAGCUUCAUGGCCCAAAGUUCGAGAGGUCAAACAGAGAAAAGAGUUUUUCAUUUCCAACUAUAAGUCCCGGGUUGCAAAAUCUGGCAGCUAAUUCCCAGUUGAAAGUGGAGAAGGUCAAAGAAGAAGAACCACGAAAAUCUCUCGAGGUGUUUGGAUCCUAUAUGAUGAAGAAAGGCGACAUUGCAAUGAACUUAGAGAGGAAACUCUCCAUCCUCACUUGGGAUGCCAUUCCAAAAGCCCAAAACGUUUCCACUAUUUCUGGAACUGAAGGCAUGCAAGAAGAUGUGGGGAGUGAUGCUAGUUCGGAUUUGUUUGAGAUAGAGAACCUAUCCUGCAGUGAAAAGCCGCCGCAGUUCACGAGGCAAGAGUCUGAUGGCAUGUCCAGCUGUUUGACCUCCAUUACCAAGUAUGAGCCAAGUGACGCAAGCAUUGAGUGGAGUGUUGUCACAGCCAGUGCUGCCGGUUUCUCAGCCGGUACUGGCUUUGAUGAAAAGAAACUGGAAGAAAGUAAUAAGAUUCCUGGUGUGGUCAAAACCAAAUCCAUAAUUGGCAAGGAUUCGCCAAAAAGCCGUCCAAGUGGACUACUUGGCUGUAAGAGUCUCAAGGCAGUGAAUGUUGCUGAAACUGCACACAGACAAAAUGAGAAGGCAAAAUCUGACUCCGUACAGCAGUAAAGAUUGGAUUCCUCCGUGUAAAUUGAGAUUAAGGUGAAAGACUUUGAGUUCUCAUGAGUGCAACAUUAUUAUCUCCAGAGAGAUCUCCCUUUUGCAGUUUUUGUGUUUAUCCUUGUUCAUGUUGUAGUGAAUGUAAGUAGGAUUAGCAGAACUUUGUUGAAACUCUUCUGUAUGACAUGAUUUUACAGAAAUCGUGCAAUCAUCCUAAAUCUGAAGUAUACUUUUUGCUCUAA